AUGGUGCCAGUGGAGAAGGAGGAACAGGAAGCUGCUCGACCUGCCAGCAGAAAGGGAAGAGCGUCUUCCACUGCUCCAACUUCUCAAGCUCCUGUCAAACAACAAAGCAGGACUCGAGCGGCCUCUCAGCAGCCUGCUGGAACAUCUAAAGCUGCCGCUUCACUCAAGUCGCUUCGCCAAUUUGUGCCCGUCAUCGGCAUGAAUGCGCUCCCUCAACCCAUCGUCCAGACAGGCAUCUCAUCCUCUUCGCCCGUGCAGGUCUUUGUAUUCGGUACAGGAGACAUGGGACAGAAUGGAUUGGGAGAAGAUGCGCUUGGAGAGAUUGUCAGACCCAGACUGCACGUGGGAUUCAACGAGAUGAAUGCGCAAAAGGAGAUCGGAUCGCUUGGCAUUGAACAGAUUGCCGCAGGUGGAAUGCACACUCUGGCAGUGGACAAUCUCGGAAGGAUUUUGACGUGGGGCAUCAACGACAACGCAGCACUCGGACGAUCUACGACUCGUCAGCCUGGUGUAGACGCGGAAGUGUACGAGACUCGGCCCAUGCCUGUGGAAGGGUUGUCACCGGAUGGCAAAGGCUUGCUACCUGGACCAUUGCCUCUUGGAGGUACAGAGGGACAGGUGGAGACUUUCAGAGCUGUUCGCGUUGCUGCUGGAGACAGCGUCAGUGCCGCUUUGAAUAGCAAUGGCGAAGUCAGGGUAUGGGGAAGCUUCAGGUCCAACGAUGGUCCUAUGGGCUUCGAUGGCAGAACUGGCACAGUCAAGAUGCAAUUUACGCCAGUCUCGUUGCCGGGUUUGGGCAAGAAUUCAUUCUGCGAGAUUGUAUGCGGCGCGGACCACGUGGUUGCGCUGACCAGCAAGGGGCACGUCUACACGUGGGGCAAUGGUCAGCAGUACCAACUUGGACGAAGGAUCAUCGAGAGGUUCAAGAUCAAUGGAUUGACGCCCGAGAAGCUUCACCUCAAGGACAUCGUGCACGUCGGAGCUGGAGCUUAUCACUCCUUUGCCAUCGACAAGAACGGCAAAGUGCUAGCUUGGGGGCUCAACAGUCUGAACCAGCUGGGCAUCGAAUCGGAGUCUCAGACCGACUUUAUUCCCAUGCCUACCGUCGUUCCUACACUCUCGCCGGUCCAACUAGGAGGAGCCAAAGUGGUCUCUGUCACGGGAGGCGAGCAUCAUUCGCUCUUUCUGCUCUCUGAUGGCAGAGUGUUUGGGACGGGACGAUGCGACGGGUGCGAACUGGGCUUGGCAGAUGAUCAUCCGGCCAAGUUGGAGGUUUUGCAAAGGCGAGAAGAGUGGAAGGCUAAACGAGAAGCGGAUUUAGCUCAAGAGAUGGUAGAGUGGCAAAAGAGGAUGGAGGAGAAGCGACUUCGACAGGAAGCUGCUGGGGACGGAGGAGGGAUGAUGGGUAUGGUGAUGAGUCAGGGAGAUAUGCAACCUACGCUGGGUCCUCCUCCCGACGAGUACGUCCCGCGUCCCGUCCACAUUCCUUUCCCACCCUCUCCCGUCGAUGGCAAACCGACGAGGAUCGUGAAAAUUGUUGCUGGACCCAGAUUCAACAUUGCCAUCGCGGCAGAUGGAACGCCUUACUCUUGGGGAUUUGGAAAUCAGGCACAGUUGGGACAGGGAGAUGAAGAGGUCGUCGUCACGCCCACGCCCAUCAGAUCCAAACAGUUUGCUGGGUACAAGGCGGUCGACGCCACGGCUGGCGGACAACACUGCGCUCUGCUUGCUGUCAAGGCUGCUUGA